UUUGGGGGAUCAUUAAGUUUGAACCUUUAAUAUAUGUGUGGUGAGAGACACACAAUGUGUGAGUGGCAGAUGAGUACUAGUACGAGAGUAUAGGAUGAGCUGGUUGAUUGGAAAUGAGGGGAAAAGGUAUAUAUAAGUAGGGAACCCCAUGAAGAGAAAAGUGAAAGAAUUACCACUUAAAGAGGGGAAGUCAUGUGAGAGCAUUUAUAGUGUCUCAGUGGGGUUUUAGUGUUUUAUGUUAACUUCUAGUGGCACAUGGGAGACUUGUGAAUAUUAUUAAUUCAUUCUCCAUGUGAUUCCAUGUGCCUAUCUAAAUAAAUUGACCACUCCCAACAUUUUUCUCACAAAUCUAAUUUGUUCUUUUCUCCAACAUUUUCCUCACAAUUUUUUCUAUUAUACAUGGAAGAUGCACAACAAAAUAAACGUAGACGUGUUUAUUCUGUGGAACCAAACACAAUAGUGCAAACUAUAUUUGCUAGAAACUAUUUAAGUUAUUUAGUUCCAGCAUUGAUGAAGAUAAAGGAAAAUAAUAUUUCUUCAAAGGAAAAUAUUAAGAAUGUUAAGUAUGAAGUGGACAUGGCAAUGGUUUCAUCAGCACAAGGUUUUGCAUGGAGUGAUGGCCUUAAACUCAAGCUUCAAAAGGAAUGUAAUGUCAAUGAUGUAGCUACAAACAGUAGAAGCAUAAUUGAGAAUGAAGCUAGUGAAGAUGAGGAGAAGAUGAAGAACUUAAUAAGGUUGAUACCUGGUGGAGAAGAUAUUUGUGAUGAACAAGUUGUUAAUGAAUUAGAAAGUUAUAUAAGAUGUUUACAAAUGCAGGUGAAUGUUCUUCAAUGUUUACUAGCAGAGACAUGUUGAUUGAUUUAUGUCUUAAUCUUGCAUUUUCACAAACCAAUAUAAACUAUAUAUGUUAGAUUCAAGAUAUGUUGUCCAAAAACUAUAGUAUAUUUUUCUGCUGUAAUUUGUUGCAUUUAUUCAAGAAAAGUAGUAAUUUAUUCGAUUAAUCAUCUCCACUGCAAUGAAGAGAUUUUUAUCUUAAAAGAGAAUAUAUCAAGUAUACAAUGCUGUUUGGUUUUGGA